GAGUGUGGCUUCCAAAUGCCUCCGGAGAGUACUCAACUAAAUCUGGAUAUGCAGUGGCAAAACUGUACAAAGGUGAUCAUGAGACUCAAAGCUUUAACUGGAAGGAAUGUGUUUGGCAUGUUAAAACCUCACCAAAGAUCCAGCACUUCCUUUGGAAAGCCAAUAGCAGAGCACUACCGGUUGGAUCCUUGCUGGAGAGUAGAGGCCUCUCUGUCUCACCUGUCUGUCAAAGAUGUGGAGCUCGAGAAACGGAACUACAUGUUCUCCUCCAAUGCCCUUUCGCCGAGAAAGUUUGGGAUCUUGUACCAUGCCUGCAUAAACCGCUUGGAACCCUUCAACUGGAAACUGUGGCCUUGGUUGGUAUCUCCAGGAUGCUGAGAAGGUUCACACCGAUUGUUUUUCAUCACACCGUCGCUUUGUUUCCUCGGCUCUAGUGGCUGAGGCUUUGGCGGUUAAGGCUGCAAUUAUGGCAGCUACCUCCUCCCAUGUCAGUAGUUUAAAUGUCUUCUCUGACUCUAAGGUGCUCAUCUCGUUGCUGAAGUCUCAAACACAGGAUGUUGCCUUGAAAGGUGUUCUUCAUGAUAUCAUUAUCAUGGCGCAAACUUUUCAAUCUAUCUCUUUUCAUUUCAUUCCGUGUUUAGCAAAUGUUGUAGCUGACUCUCUUGCGAAGUCAGCUUUGUACUCUCUUCAGUCUUCUGUAACUGCAACAAUUUAGCCUCCGUGCUACUCUUAAUCUAAGUUAUGCUUUUGAU